UUUAGUUUACUCUUACAAAAGCCCCUCACCAUUCAUUAUUUUGUUUGUAAGGAUAACAAUAUCCCUUAGGCUUCAUGCCAAUAUCUUGAUCUUCUCUGCAGCCAUCUUUGUCCUCAAAAGCUUUAUCCACUUUCAGUCCAUGGCGACAGAACCGACAUGGCAUCAGCUGCUCGGAAGCGAGAACUGGGAAGGUCUACUGGACCCUCUAAACCUCAGCCUCCGGCACCUCAUUCUCCGGUGCGGCGACUUCUGCCAAGCCACCUACGACUCCUUCAACCACGACAGCAACUCCAAGUACGCCGGCAGCUGCCGCUACGGCAAAAACUCCUUCUUCCACAAAGUCAUGCUCCCAUCCGCCGACGACUACCAAGUGGAGGCCUACCUCUACGCCACCGCCCAACUCACCGUCCCGGAGGCCUUCCUUCUUCACUCCCGCUCCCGCGAAUCUUGGGACCGGGAAUCCAAUUGGAUUGGAUACGUCGCCGUUACCAGCGACGCCGUCAGUAAAGCCCUCGGCCGCCGUGAAAUCUACGUGGUGUUUCGCGGCACCACCACGGACCUGGAGUGGAUCAACGUGUUCAGCGCCAAGCCAGUAUCCGCCGAGCCUCUGCUUCGUUCCAGUACUAGUGGUGACAACGACGACAAGGAGGAGGAUGAUGAUAAAGUCCCCAAAGUCAUGUUUGGUUGGCACACGCUCUAUACUUCAAAGGAUCCAAACUCGCGCUUCACUACCCUAAGCGCAAGGGAACAACUCCAAACAAAGAUUGAAGAGCUGAGGAGCAAAUACAAAGGAGAGAAUCUGAGCAUCACACUCACGGGGCAUAGCCUCGGAGCAAGUUUAGCAAUCCUAGCAGCUUUCGAUCUAUGCGAAAACGGCGUCACCGACAUUCCGGUGACGGCCAUCGUCUUCGGCAGCCCUCAAAUCGGCAACAAACUGUUUGAUAAACUGAUGACUGAAAAGACAAACCUUAAAAUCCUACACAUCCGCAACAAGAUCGAUAUGAUCCCGGAGUACCCAGGAGCCCUGUUGGGAUACGUGAAGUCAGGGCUGGAAUUCGUGAUCGACCACCGGAAGUCGACGAGCCUGAAGAACUCGAUGAACCCUAGCGACUGGCAUAACUUGCAGGCGAUGUUGCACGUGGUGGCUGGGUGGAAUGGGGAAGAUGGGGAGUUUGAGUUGAAGGUGAAGAGGUGUGUGGCCCUUGUGAACAAGUCUUGUGAGUUCUUGAAGGAAGAGCUUUUCAUUCCGGGGUCAUGGUGGAUUGAGAAGAAUAAAAGUAUGGUUCUUGAUGAGAAUGGAGAGUGGGUUUUGGGAUCACCUAAUGACGAGGACCUACCCGUCCCUGAAUACUAAGGCCAGACAAUCUUAACAGGUUAAGGAUCAGUCUCGAAGACAGUUCGGCCAAGCAACCUUAACGGGUUAAGGAUCAGUCUCGAAGACAGUUCUUAUAACUAAGAAUCUUGUAAUUAUUAAGUUAAUUGUCUGACUUUUUUACGUUGUCUCUUCAUUUAUACUUUUAAUGUGUGUUCUUUGAGUGUUGUUCUUGAAGUUUGUGUAUUUAUUUGCUGUCUUUUGUAUUAUAAUGGGUGUGUAAUUGUUGUGUCUCAAUAAAAAAUUUGUAUUUUCCAAUUCA